AUCUACCUUUAUGGAAGCAUUAGCAGCCAAUGGUACAACCAAUAUACAGACAUCUGUAACAGGAGUGACAGCCAGCAAACGAAGGUUUAUCGAUGACAGGAGAGAUCAACCUUUUGAUAAAAGGCUACGCUUCAGCGUGAGACAAACGGAGAGCGCGUACCGGUACAGAGACAUCGUUGUCAGGAAACAGGAUGGAUUCACACACAUUUUGCUAUCAACAAAAUCAUCUGAAAAUAAUUCAUUAAAUCCAGAGGUAAUGAAGGAAGUCCAAAGUGCACUGAACACAGCAGCUGCAGAUGACAGUAAACUUGUGCUGUUCAGUGCAGUUGGUAGCAUCUUCUGCUGUGGUCUUGAUUUUAUUUAUUUUAUACGACGUUUAACAGAUGAUAGAAAAAAGGAAAGCACUAAGAUGGCAGAAGCUAUUAGGAAUUUUGUGAAUACUUUUAUUCAGUUUAAGAAGCCUAUCAUUGUAGCAGUAAAUGGCCCAGCCAUUGGACUUGGAGCAUCUAUAUUGCCUCUGUGUGACGUGGUUUGGGCUAACGAGAAGGCUUGGUUUCAGACACCAUACACUACUUUUGGACAAAGUCCAGAUGGAUGUUCAUCCCUUACAUUCCCUCGGAUAAUGGGCCUGGCUUCUGCCAAUGAAAUGUUGUUCAGUGGAAGGAAGUUGACGGCGCAGGAAGCUUGUGCCAAAGGACUCGUCUCUCAAGUGUUUUGGCCAGGAACAUUCACACAAGAAGUAAUGGUUCGAAUUAAGGAACUUGUCACAUGUAAUUCAGUUGUACUUGAAGAAUCCAAAGCUUUAGUACGUAACAUCAUGAAGUUGGACUUGGAACAAGCAAAUGAAAAGGAGUGUGAAGUUUUGAAGAAAAUCUGGGGCUCAGCACAAGGGAUGGACUCAAUAUUAAAAUAUCUGCAGAACAGAAUUGAUGAGUUCUGAUGAGAUGCCCAUUGACACUGGAAUUGUAUUUCUUGGACAUCGGGGCAAACAAAAUAUGCCCAUUUAAAAAACCUAUAUAAACUAACCCCUUGCUCAACUUGGGAACAGGAGUGGACACCUCCCCCUCCCCUUUUAUUGUCAAGGGGUUUAAAAGUACUGUAUCACUUAAAUUUGAACAAAACUCCUUUCUCCCUGAUUGUUACAUGCAGAUAUAUAUACACACACACGUGUAUACGUGUGCAUAUAUAUGUCUUUUAUAUAUAUAUA